CCCAGGAUGACUUGUACUUGCCCGUACCCUCGCUCGCACCCCAUGGCCUGUACGAAGAUUCCUUAAGAGCCCCGAGCAACAUCUCUACUGCAGCUGAAAAGCAGUCUGCUCGUCCCUACGCGAUCUGCCCACGAGCCGUGCGAUCGCCAUGGAGGCAGUGUCUCCCCCACCUCCUUCUCCUUCUCGCGUUCCUCGAUCCGCAUCGCCCCCAUCGUCCCAAGUCGUCGAUGCGCAUCAUGAGCCGCUCAAUCGCCUCGCUCAGGUAUCCAAGAUGAUACAGAAGGCCAAAGAGGGCGUACUGCUAGAAGCGUCACCCCCGCCUGCGCUCCCAUCGACCUCCAGCCGAACAGAUGGGCAGAAGGACCACUCGGCUCACAGUGACAAUGCCGAAGGAAGCCGUGUAGGCCUACUUCAUCCUCAUCACACUGCUUCCACUUCCGAGGAAGGUCUCGUAACGCUGGGUUUUAUCAACCGCGGAGCAGAAAUGACGGCACCGCGUACCACCAGCCGGGCAGCCCUUCCGACCUCUGCAAAUAGCCUCCCUCAAGUGCAUUGGGGUUUCGGUUCACGAUCAGCAGCUACAGCCCAAGACUCGAGACUUCCGGAGCUAUCCGCGUGUGGCAAAGAUCCGCUUCUGCCUACUGAGAAACAACAAGCUACAGCCUCCUCCAUUAAGUUCGAUGCUCCAGGCUUUGCCGACCCUGCAUCAGGGGAACCAUUGCUUCAAUCUCUAUCCGCGGCGGCACCAGAGGCAGAGGUAGACGCGAUUCCCAACGCGAGCAGCCCUUUCGCGUCUUCUUGCGUGUCUGCUCUGCUAGACAAAGAGCCAGAGACUACAUCUCCUGACAUGUUCGAGCCUCCAUCAGCUACAAACGGGUGCGUGAAGAGCCCCUCGACCGACGGCAAUGCCUCGGGCCCAAAUAUCCGACGCCACACGGGAGGUACCCCUGGAGACCGUCCCAGUUGGGGCAGCUUCGGACUCUCAGUGCUGGAGAGUCAAGACUCUGUUCCUGUGUGGGACGCUCUGCCACGUCAACCCACCGUACCAUUCACACCUUCAGCAGGAGCUGAUGCCUCUAGCGUAGCACUAAGCGACAGUCAGACCCAGAGCCAGUCCAACGCCUCUCAAGCUGCCUCUGAAAGCGCAUUCGGAAACCCUCGGGCACAGGCGGACCUUACGGCAGACAUACUCACUGUGCCCCUCACGCAGCGAGCGACGUACGUUCUACGGCCUGACGGCGUGGCCCCGUCUCAUGAUCAAAUGGACGAGGACGAUUCUCCCGUCUACGGGCCGGUCCAAGCCCAUACCAAGAACACUCCAACUCCUUUGAGCCAGCUCUUUACUCCUGCGCAACGAGCAGACGAUGCUCACGAUGAGAGACUACAGCGAAGCCCAACGUUCACAGCCUCCGCAGAGACUCCGGGGAAGGACAAUCCGCUCAGAUGGAUCGCUGCUGGUGCGAUCGCUUCCUCAGUUGACAUGAGUCAAGCCUCGGCGUCCGACGCAUCAGAUCAUGAAGGUUCGGCUGCCUCAAGCUCACCAGUGCCACGCGUCGAAGCUGGUUGGAGUGUGGCUGUCAAUCCCGGUGGAAGCUGGGAAGACCAAGGCAAGUCGACUUCAAGCCGCAAGCCUUCACCAGUCGAGGAUAUCCAUCAAGCACUCCCGCCAGGAGUUUCCAUGGUCGAUGUCGAUGAGAGCCUCCCGUUUCUGCUGAACAGUCCCGCGCCGUCCUUACCAGGUGAUGGCGACAAAGCCUCAUUGCCACAAGACGCAGGCGCAGUCGGUCUGCUCCCUGCUUCUGCUCGGACACAGGCCGGCCUCCAGCACGGCGACGUAGACGCCGUGUUCGAAGACGGGCCAUCACAUGGCGAACAGGAAACAGCCAAGGAGCUCUUCGACACCGCCGACGAGACUUUCUCUCUACAGCGCAGACAGCAAGACAUGUCCAUCGAUGAAGACGCACUGGAGGUCGAGCGAAGCACGCAAACAGCGGACAGCUUGUCCCAGAGCCCUGAUAGAGACCAGCACGACAAUGCAAGGGCAUCAGAACAACCCAUGGCGUCUCAUUCGGCUGAUUCAACCCACAAAAAUUCAUUUGGUGACCCUUCGGCGGCUGUGUGGCGAGCAGCCGAGAUUCGACCGCCGAUCCUCGAUGAUUCUCGUCGCCGGUCCGAGUUGGCUUCGGGCAUACCUUGUAGGCGUAGGCCAGCUGUACGUCAAAUCAUACAGAUCAUGCUUCCUCCGGCGCCCAAGAGGCGGGGGACCUCGACCCUAGUGUACGAUGGGCGAGUGCCAGGGUCAGUCCGGAAAGACAGUGCCUGGCAGCAGAGAUCGUCGUCCACGCCCCGUCUAGCCUCGGAUUCUGAUGAGGGAAGCGAAGAGCCAGUCGCUUCCACCUCGACCUUGUCCCUCAAGACACCUCACACUGCUGGUCAAAUCAAGGUCACCUCCGCACCCGGCAAAUCUGCCUCCUAUACCCCGUCGAAGUCAACACUCUCGGUGAACAAGCAAGGUCUAGGCAAGGAUCGUCAAAGUCGCUUAGUGUUCUCAAAGGCACGUGUGGAGGAGGAGGAUGAGUCUUGGCGACCAAAGAGCGCCCUUCCCGUACCGAUCAGGCGGAAGAGAGGUAGACCUCGAACGGACAAGCACAAGCACAAGACAGGCAGGCAAACAAUCUCGAGCGGCUCUGAUGAGGCCUCAACUACCCUUCGAAGCAGUAGACGCCAGACGUACCAUGCACUACCCAGUCGAUCUUCCCGCGAGCAUGCUCGCGCACUAACUCGCUCCAUCAUCCAGGAGCAAGAGAGCGAGUCCGAUGAGGAGUUGCCUCGAUCCACUGGUCAACGCUCCCAGACGAUCAGGCGGCCUCCACAGCAAAUACUGCUUGAAGAGGAAGACGACUCACAGAGACGUUCAGCUGCUGAGGUACCAGCACAGCUCAACAAUUCAGCCAGCUCAAGAAGACCGAGCAGCCCUGAUACUGCCAAUCCAGCGGAUCAGGCAUCUGUAGAAGGUAUCGUUGAAGAGCAAAGCAUACAAGACAGUGGCGAUGAGUCAUCUGCACCGAUCCUCUUAGGUGUACGACAGACUGAGAGGGAUGUACCGAGCCACACCGAGACUGAGACUCCCAUCGAGAUCACCUCGUCAGGCUCGGCCAAGGGAGCCAAUGAGGUAAUUGAGAUCAGUGAAGACUCCGUGAUCCUGUCGCAGCCAGCAGUGGCGUCAUCUCAAGUCGCUGUUCGGGCCAAUGCAGUCACCCAUGCUCAGGUAUCCAGCGCGGCAGCCGUUGCUGGCCCUCCUUCGCCACGUCAUCAAAAGCUAGCGGCCGUAGCAGUGCCAGCAAAGCAAGCGCCACGUCUGCUGUCCGUUCAACCAGGCAUCUCGACUCUCGAAGCACUGAAGCGCAUGCGCCACAAUGCUGGAUCCACUGAGCUCUCUACUGGCAAUAAUAGCAACGAGUCGUCUGCGACCGAAUCCGGUGAGAGCAUGGUGCAGGCAGCAGCCACCGCUGAUGGCCCGCAAGCUAGCCGUGCGGAUCUGGACGAGGAUUAUCGCCUUCUUUGCGAAGACCAAGAGGAGAUCAGGCAAGAGCAGGCAUGGCUAGCAGAGCAGAGGAGGUCAGCACAAGCCGCUGGCGGCCGGUACGAAGAAAACGCAGACGAUAGCUGGGACACCUCGGCUGAUCACUCAGCAGAGACUGAAGCAGACUCGUGGGCCGAGCCUCGUCCUCACAGAGGCGAACGCAGCAUCGAACAGGCCGGAAGGGGGCAGAAGGAGCUCAGGCCACUGGGCAAGUUUGUCGGUGAGCUGUUGCAGCACGCUCAGACUGCCGGCGAACGCAGACCUCCUAUCCUGGCAAAGCAGGCGACUCGCUCUGGACAACUCAGUGCUGUGCCUGCGCCUGCGCUGUUGCGGUCUCCGGCCAAGCGGCCUGCUACGAGUACCAGCGCUCCAGUGCUGGCCACAGCUACAGAUCGCAAGCCCGCACCAGCUUCUGGUAGAGAUGUCACAGAGGGUCAAAAGAGGAAAGCGGUGAGCCCGGUAGGCCGUGAGCUGAAUACUGAUGAUGGCAGUCCUGCCAGUAAGCGGCCUAGGGUUGAUCGAGAAGAGGGGAGGAGGAGAUUGGCUCGACUGCUGAAGGCUAUUGGAGACUGAUGCAAGGCGAGGAAGCAAUUGUAUGGAAUAGUCAUAUUGCGGUGUACGGGUAUCAUUCAUUGUCCUACUAAGGUCCUCGUGCAAUGUACAUGUCUUCAAACGCCA